UCACUAGUAUUUGUACCAUCACUAACCUUGGUCAUAAAAAUAAAAGCUAGCGUUCCAUUUAUUUUCCAUCGCCCGAGCGCUGUUCCCUAUCCAUUAACACGUCUCAAUCCUGGAGUGCACAACAUCCGGUGAGAGGACUACCAAAAAGAGAUAGUCCGCCGCUGGUUGUAGGUGAAUAAACAGUGAAGAAGCGAAGAGUCCAAAGGAUACAAUCGCAACCCACUUGCCAAGCUGCACACUUUGAGUCCAACGUUGGAGGAGGAGCCGCCAUGAAUGCCCUGCGGCAGUUCUACCUGGAGAUCCCGGUGGUCACACGAGCCUACACCACGGUCUGCGUGCUGACCACCUUGGCGGUGCACCUGGACCUGGUGUCGCCGCUGCAGCUCUACUUCAAUCCCACGCUGAUUGUGCGCAAGUUCCAGAUCUGGCGCUUGGCCACCACAUUCCUGUACUUUGGCACAAUAGGCAUCAGUUUCUUUUUCAAUAUGGUGUUUACAUAUCGAUAUUGUCGAAUGUUGGAGGACGGAUCUUUCCGCGGACGCAGCUCCGACUUUGUCAUGAUGUUCAUCUUUGGCGGCGUGCUAAUGACCUUCUUCGGAAUCUUCGUCAACCUGUUGUUCCUGGGCCAGGCCUUCACAUUAAUGCUGGUCUAUGUGUGGUCACGACGCAAUCCACUGGUGCCAAUGAAUUUCUUCGGGGUGCUUAACUUCCAGGCGCCGUACCUUCCGUGGGUGCUCCUCUGCUGCUCCAUGAUUCUGGGAAACACCGUGUGGGUGGAUGUCAUCGGCAUGGGUGUUGGCCACAUCUACUACGUGCUGGAGGACGUCUAUCCUACACUGUCCAACGGCUACAGACUGAUCAAAACCCCCUACUUUUUGAAACGUCUCUUCAAUGAGCACAUCGAACGCAACUUCCAGGCGGCUGCUGAGGAUCGACCUGGCGGAUUUCCUUGGGGCGGAGAGGGUCAGCCCCUGCUACCGGAAGAGAUUGCGGCUGAUGGACAGGAUGAGGAGCCAGCGAAUCGAGCGGCGCCUGUUGCUGCCGCGCCGCAAUAGCAAAACUAGAAAACUUGAUUGUUAAAACGUUCUUCUGUUCAAAACGACGACGAUGACAACAAUGUUGUGUACCCUCCGCCACCUUCUGUUUGGUGCUUGGUGUAAUUAGGCGUAUAGUAGUGAGAGAAAGGCGUGCAAUAGUUAGCCAAAGUUGGUGCAGAGCGUGUGUGUAUGUCAUUUAUUGGUUUGUUUUCUGAAACAGAGCUCAUUUUCCAUACGAGAUGUUCUUUUAUUUAUAAUUUACCCCCAAGGGAUGAAUCCACGACAGAUUGAACCUACACUGCACAUGUGAUGAUUAUAUAUAUACAAACCAUGCCACAAAUAAAUCAUUAUAU